AUGUCGGAUGAAAGAAUAGAUAGGAAAAAGGCAGAAACAUUAGAAUUGACGCACGGUGCUUAUUUAGAUACUAUAACUGAUGAUAAAGAAUUCGAAACAGAAUUUGAAAUAACAGAGGACUAUCGAGAGAAGGCUGUUAGGAUACAGUUAAAAUCGGAACGAUUUCUCGAUAAUAUUAAGAGAAAUAAGGGAAUACGCUUAACUGAUACCCAAGGGAAUCCAGGCCCUAUUGAAGUACUGUUAGGGGCAGACGUUGCAGGGAAGUUAUUUACUGGCAAACGAGAAGAACUAAGAACAGGUUUAGUGGCUAUAGAAACAAAAUUGGGUUGGACUUUGAUGGGUAAAGUACCUCAAUCCGAACAUCAGCACAAUGUAAAUAUGACUAUAGUUUCUAUGUUAUCUCAAGAAGACCUGCCUAUUUCAUCGUUGUGGGACUUAGAAUUAUUGGGUAUCCGAGAUCCUGUUGAACAAAAAACUAAAGAAGAGUCAAGAAGAGCUAUUAUGGUUCAUUUCCAAGAAACAGUUCGUCAAUUAGAAAAUGGUAGAUACGAGGUUGAUAUGCCUUGGAAGAUUGAGCAUGCAGUCUUACCUGACAAUUAUGACCUAUCUUUGAAAAGACUCGAAUCUACUACGAAGAAGUUGGAAAAAAUCGGAUAUCGUGAAAGGUAUCAUGAAGUCUUUAAUGAAUGGCUGCAGGAAGGAGUGAUUGAAAGAAGUUCCCCAAAAGGAGUUGUCUUUACCCGUUGUUCAUUACCUCCCACAUCGUCCAGUCAUUAA